CGCCCGGCAGCGCGGCGGGCGGGCAGACGGAGAGCAGGGUCUGGCCGCCGGACCUGCGGCAGCGCAGCCGGACCCCCCCUCCCUUCUUCCCCCUCGGCCACCGCUGCCCGGCCCGGGCCGCCUGGAGCGGACCCCCCCCUUCCCCUUCUCUCCCUCCCUUCCCUGCCCCCGGCGGUCAUGGAGCUCUCCCUGCGGCUGCUCUUGGCGUCCUGCCUCUCCCUGGGGGCGGCCGGGGAGUUUGACAGAAGGUGGCCCAGACAAAUAGUUUCCUCCACAGGACUGUGUCGCUUUGGAAGUAGAAUUGACUGCUGCUGGGGCUGGGCCCGACUGUCCUGGGGACAAUGCCAACCUUUCUACGUCUUAAGGCAGAGAAUAGCCAGCCUAAGGUGCCAGCCCAAAGCUAUAUGCCAGCCAGGAUGCAAACAUGGUGAAUGUGUUGGGCCAAACAAGUGUAAGUGCCACCCGGGAUACACUGGAAAAACCUGCAACCAAGAUCUAAAUGAGUGUGGACUAAAGCCCCGGCCGUGCAAGCACCGGUGUAUGAACACCUACGGCAGCUACAAGUGCUACUGCCUGAACGGCUACAUGCUUAUGCCAGAUGGAACCUGCUCCAGUGCCCUUUCUUGCUCGAUGGCCAACUGUCAGUAUGGCUGCGAUGUUCUGAAAGGGGAGGUGCGCUGCCGCUGUCCUUCUCCAGGGCUUCAGCUAGGGCCUGAUGGCAGGACUUGUGUAGAUAUUGAUGAAUGUGCUACUGGGAGAGUGAUCUGUCCACGGUUCAGGCACUGCGUCAAUACUUUUGGAAGCUACAUUUGCAGGUGUCAUAAAGGCUUUGAUCUACUGUACAUCGGAGGGAAAUACCAAUGCCAUGACAUAGAUGAAUGCUCUCUUGGCCACCAUCAGUGCGGUAGUUUCUCCCGAUGUUACAAUACACCAGGAUCCUACAAAUGCAAGUGUAAAGAAGGGUACAGAGACAAUGGAACAAACUGCAUACAAAGGCCACUGACCAGGCCAACGACUCGACCAACACCCAGGCCAACAACUCAGCUGACACCCAGGCCAACAACUCAGCUGACACCCAGGCCAACAACUCAGCUGACACCCAGGCCAACAACUCAACUGACACCCGGGCCAACAACUCGUCCUACACCCAGGCCAACAACUCAACUGGCACCCGGGCCAACAACUCGUCCUAUACCCAGGCCAACAACUCGACUGACACCAAAGCCAACCACUAGAUACGUGCCGGUGACAAGAAGACCAGUAACAAAGCCAGCGACGAGGCCUCCACCUCCAACAGCACCUCAGUCUACGACGUUGACACCUACACUACCACCACAAAGAACUCCUCUGGUGACAACUGAAGAGCCUUCACGUGUUCCCACUGAAACGACACCUUCCCAAGGAAUUACAGAUGACAACAGGAUCCAGAGAGAUCCUCAGAAACCCCGAGGAGACGUGUUCAUUCCGCGCCAGCCCGGAGUGAGCAAUAACCUGUUUGAAAUACUUGAAAUCGAGCGAGGGAUCACCGCCGAGGAGUUUGAAGCCAACGAUGACCCAGGGCUGCUGGUGCACAGCUGUAACUUUGACAGCGGACUCUGCGGAUGGAUCAGGGACAAAGAGGACGACUUGCACUGGGAACCAGUGAGAGACACCUCAGGGGGACAGUAUCUGACCAUCCCCGACCCCGAAGGCAAAGAAGGACGAGCGGCGCAUCUUAUCCUGCCCUUGGGCCACGUGGCUGAGGUGGGUGACCUCUGCCUGUCCUUCAGGCACAAGGUGCCAGGGCUGCAUUCUGCUGCCCUCCACGUCUUCGUAAGGAGACACGGUGCCCACGGACCAGCUCUUUGGGGACGAAACGGCGGCCACGGCUGGAGACAGACACACCUGACUUUACAAGGGAGAGGCAUCAAGAGCGUUAUUUUCAAAGGGGAGAAAGGGCAAGGAAGAACUGGAGAUAUUGGACUAGAUGAUGUGAUCUUGAGGAGAGGACGCUGCUCUGAAGAGCAUUAGCAAAGACAACGGACCAGCGGAGUCAUCUCCUCUAGCUCUUCUUGUGCUGUUCCUACCAAGCUUUGGAACAGAACUGCAUGGAAAAGAAGAAGAAGUUGGAGAGUGACAAUUUCUCAGUGGUCUGCUAAGUGCAAUCUCACUGAAACUUCACCUGAAACCACGGCGAGCACCUCCCAGGAUUCAGGAACCCCAACCAACCCCACGUGCUGGUUGUUUCUAUUAAUCCUUACCCCUAAAUCGUAUUUUGUACGUAAUAACUUUGCCUGGUGAGUGCUCACACAAAGGGCACUUGUGAAAAAGGGAGAAUUCAUUACAAAUGGUGGCAGAAGAAAGCUCCAGCUCAGACAGGUUUAGUAUUAACUGACAGUCAUUAUCUUCCCAUAGUGCUACGCUUCCAUUGAUUAGAUUUGAUAGACAGUGGGAUUGAUGUAGCCCCAGAGAUGAGCGGAAGGUCUGGACCUGCCCUUUGACUCACUGCCACUCACCUUUGAAGAAGGGUUUGCUUCAUAUUAAAUAGCAUUUACUUUGCUGUUGCAUCUGUAUUAACAAAAAGCAGUUCUGUAGAGUAGGCGCCACGUCCUGUACUAUUGCUGCUGCCGUGUUCUGUGUAUAUGUGUAUGGUUAUUUACCUAUUUAUGGGUUUAAUAUUUACAGACUCUGGUUGCAAGGUAAUUGGCAGCCGGGCUUUCUCCUUGUACAAGAAGACAGCACAUUCUGUGACCCCUCUGGCCGUGCCAAUAGGUAACGUUACCAAAGUCAGUCCAUGGUGCUCAUUGGAAAAUGCUGGUGCAGUUUUUCAUGUUGUGAUAACGCUGAAGGCAAAAAGACCAAACCCUUACCUGAUGUAAACUGGCAUCUGCCAACGCUGGACCCCUCCGCCUGGUGCUCAGGAGCAGCUCCUCAAGGGCUCCUCAUCCUGCAAGAAACUCCCGGUGGAGCUGAAGACGGAGCAGCCAGGAGAAGAUGAGACUUGCAUUGUCUGAGACUGAGCCCCUUGGUGCCACCAGGAAGGUUCCUUCCCAGGGGAGGGACAAGCCACCGCGUGAGCAAACAGGGUGUUAGUGCUCCCUGAACAACUCAGGCUGUGAGUCCCACCUCAAUAUUCCAUCCAGCUCUGUACAGAGUAAACAUUUCAGUCUUUAGAACUAGAACAGCUCGUAGCUCUAGCUGGAUCUAAAUAUUUAUCAGAAUUUUGGACUAAUUUUUAAUUACGUAUCAUGCAUGUGGUGUGCAGUUUCCCAGGGAAUUCUUCUGUUUGGUUUGUGAUUUUUUUUAAAUGAGGAGCAUUAUCAUCAUCAUCGCUGCUGACAAUUCUAGAUUUGACAGGUAAUCAUAACAUUUAAGAAAAUGACAAGAAAUUGGUAAGAUGUUGUUAGUGGCGCAGCCUUAAAGCUUCAAAAAAUGUAUAUAUAGAAGAAAUAGCUCUCCUAUCUUUUAAAUACGUAAAUACAAUAUAAAAUAAAUGUCAGCUUCCUAUCAUGUUAUAAAGCCAUCAUUGAGAAAAAAAAAAUAAAUCAUCUUAAGUCUUGCACAAAGUGCACAGAGACAAAUGAGAAGACCAUUAGAGGUCAUAGUCCAAACCCCUGUUCCUGAAAAAUUGCCUUUAUGAAAAUAUUUUUCAAGUUUGUCCCAUAGGACAAAGCCCAGUUUGUAACAGCAGAAGCCUGUUUGACCAAACAGAGAGUCUCCUGCAGAACUGCACCCACAAACAUUUUGAAAAGGAAAAAAAAAUAAUGCAUUUGUAAAACAUUUUUAAACUAUUUUGCUUCAAAUAUGAUCUUGGAUUUUUUUUCUCUAAUGUUACUUUGUAAUAUGUCAGAAAUAUCUGUGAAUAGUUGAAAUACCUUGUUGUUAUUUUAAAGUAAUCAGUAAAGGAGGCUGUUACUUGCUACUA